UUCAUUCUAUAAACAAUAGAUCUUCCUUUACCCAGCUCAUUGAGAAGGUGUGUGAAUUGGAAGGGUAUCAGCAGCUACCCAAGCCAAGAGUUUCUGUCUAUUAUCUAAUGAACUUGGGAAAGAAGAACUCGAGACAUUUUAUUGUGGAUAAGUUGUGUCCAUUUAAUAUGACCUGGUUGAUGAGACUUGUGUAGAAGGCCCAUCAUCCCAUACAGCAGUGACCAGGUCUGAAACAUACAUGUUUCAGUAUUACAGAAAUAUCAAAUAUAAACGUAAUUUGCUUAAAUCUGUUACUCACAUGUCUUCUAAUUAAUAGGAUUAUUAUGUUCAUUGGAAGAAACUUCAACAUUUGUCUUCAUUAAUUUCUCAGUGUCGAGCCCUUGUCUGGAAGAUCAAUGGAGAAUGUUACUGAAAUGUCAUCUCUAAUUGAGACGGUUCCUCCAGUGGAAGUCUUGGCUCCAAACUACCCUCUACUAAUCAUGAUCUGUAUCCUCAUAACAGUUAUCAUCACAGGUAAUACACUGAGUAUCAUUACAAUAGUCUCCACACCCAGUCUCUUCAACCAAACAGGUUAUUGCUUGAUCAACCUUGCCAUUGCUGAUUUAUCCAUCGGCAUCUUCUACUUGCCAUUCUGCAUCCCGGUUGUGAUUACAGGUCAGUGGUACAGUACUGACCUCUUCUGUAGGGUCAUGACCUCUACGGCCAUCUGCACGGUCAUUGUCUCCAUCACCUCACUAGCCCUCAUCAGUAUUGACCGCUUGGUCUGCAUUUCUGUUCCCUUAUGCUAUCAACUGAUCUUCUCCAAGAGGCGCGUCUUCUCCCUUCUCCUCCUAACGUGGGGCUACGGAUCUGCAAUGGCAUUGUUUUCUGUCACGGUAUCACACUUCAUCAAGUUCCAGCCAUUCUUCUACAACUGCGGGAUCGAUGUCACCAGCAACAACACAAGGCCCUACACCAUCAUUCUACUGACGUGCGGGUUCUACAUUUCGCUGGGAGUGAUCUUCUACUGCUGCUUACGCAUCACAAACAUUAGCUGGAAAGCCGGGCAGAAGAUAAACGUUCAGAACCAGGUCACGGCCAGAGAAAAGACAAGUUUGGAAGAAACUAGGAGACAAAUCACCAUCACAGCCCGCAUUUUCGUGGUCAUCGUCGUAUUCCUCAUAUGCUGGGGACCAUUCGCCAUCGAGAUGCACUACGGCCUCAUCACCAGACAUCAGUUUCCAUGGCAACUAUCCGUCACAUUUGAAUUCCUGGCCAAAUUCAACAGUGCAAUGAACCCCUUUAUAUAUAUGAUCACUUUUGCACCAUUUAGAAAAACAUUCCUCAAAAGGUACUUUCCAAGUUUUGUCAAAGACGAACGGUCUUCAAUAGAAGUCAAGCCAUGCUCCUCUUUAGGAAAAAACAGUGCAAAUGGUAUUAAGACAGUUUCAGGGUCUGUUAGUGAAAGGAGAACUUUCCCUGAUAAAAAUUUGGCUGAAGCAAUAGAUUAACUUUGGCUGAAGCAAUAGAUUAACUAUGGCUGGUCAUCAAUUUAAUGAGAAGAUCACAAUUCAACAGGAUAUACAUGUAUGUAGCUACAAUUUACUUACAUUAAAGAGCCCUAAAUUGGCUUCAUGUCUUUGGCAAAAAGGAAAUCACUAUUUCACCUCAUGCAAAUACAUUCUGUGAUUUGUCUACACUAUGGAUACUAUAAUAAGUGGUACGGAGCUAAUGAAAGUAUUACAAAAAAAUUUCAAUUUAAUGCGACCUUUCCCUAAAUCUUCCAAAUAUCUCAAGCUACUCCUACUACAAACAAAAAGAGAAUUUCAAUGAAAUUUACCUGUCAGUGGUUUUAAAUUAUGCACUUCAUUAAAUGGCUAGUUAAUAUAAUAAAAGUACUACAAAAGUUUCAAAGUGAAUCAAAAUUUACUAAAUAUAUUUCUAGCAACAUGCUCCUUCACAGUAAUAUAAAAAAAAUAUCUCUAUGCUUUAUUCAAAUUAAAAGAAUUUACUUUCACAUGAUAAAGAGGAAAGGAAUUAUUAUUUUUUUUUUUUUUUAAGGAACACAAAUUGAUGUUAAGUGUAUUCUUUUAAGCACAUGAAAGUGUAUUUUGAGCUGUAAAAUUUUAUGCCUGUGUUAAACUUGUC